AUGGAUGAAGAGGUUGUUCCUCUAGGACACGACGUGCAAGUUGUGGACCCAGACGUCCGUAACUAUGUUUACGGCCUGGUUACUGCUCUCGGAGGAUUCAAUGGCGAAAAUGCCGACCAAUACGUGCUCGGAGACGAUGCGCUGGCAUGUUUACGUGACAUUAAACGCUGGUUAAAACUGUACGAUGAAAAGAAUAACCGGAUGGACGUUGCGCGGUGCCUUGGAGAGGCCAAUUUGAUCAAUGGUGAUCUGCUUCCGAUCCUCUCGCUCUGGUGGGCUAGUGGACAGAACAGCAAGCAUAUGACUAGGAUCUCACUGGCAUGCUUGGAACUUCUUGUUCCCUUAACAUGGCCCGUCGAGUUUCACAGCCAGAUGACAGUCAACCACCAUCGCCAUACCCCCUACAUUCAACAGACACAGGUGCAAUACAAGCGAGGUAUCCUCCGAUCUGGGGGAUUGAAUCUCCUUCGUGCAGUCAUUCGAAUUUCUCUUCCGAGCAUGGCGACCCCCCGAUCCGAACGUGGAACCCGAGACGAAGGAAUCCUCAAAUUGAUGUUGUACUUGCUGCGAAACAUUGCGAUCAUAUCCCCCAACACUCGACUUGCCGCAGAAGGGGACGAAGAGGAGACAUCCAGAUCGGCAACAAUCAACGCCUUCCAUGAGCAAGAUGCAUUUGCACUUCUCCUGACUAUGUGCUCUAAUGUCGGCGAAGACUUCAACCUUCAAGAUAUUCCUUUGAUGGAGACAAUUUUCCAUAUUGUCAAGGGUGUCAACGUUGAGAAGUUGUUCAUGGAUGAUGAGCAGAGAACGGCCAAGCGAACUGACGAACUCAGUGAUCUACUGAAGAAGGAAUCAUUGGUACGCAGGGAAUAUGCAAAGAAUGCGCCCACACGCCAUGGGAGGUUCGGUACAAUGAUCUGGGUCAAGCGAGACGAUGCGAAGGUGUCUACUGUGUCUGGACAAGGUGUCUUGCGCGACGACCAGACCACGCUACAAAAGAUGGACGAAAGCAAAAAGUGGAAUAAGCCUCGGCCUCGUCGCAGACAAGAAGAUGUGGUCCAAAACAACAACUUCAACAUGCCAGCUCACCUCAAUUCCGAAGCAACUAAGAAUCUGAGGACUUUUGUGGAGGAGUUCCUGGAUUCGGGGUUCAAUCCUCUAUUCACCCAUGUGCGUAAAGCAAUCGAACGUGAAGCUGAGCGUGUGGUUCCAAUCAAUUAUCGCCAAUUCUUCUACACCGUCGGUUGGUUCCUAGAAGCAGAGCGCGUACGACGGACUCGACAGCUCCGUCAUCGUACAGCUCAGAAUGGAGGAAGAACUAAAGAUAUUGAACCCGACAGCUAUGGUCUGGUUGCUGGCGUCCUGAACCAAGAGAUGUUCAUUUCUUUGAACCGGGCUAUGCAGAGUAGCCUGGACAAUAAGGAAUGGGAAGACCUCAAUGCUCAGAUGCGCUGCUUCACCCAAAUUCUGUUGACUGUCCAGGAAAUGGCAGUGUCACCACUUGAAGAGGAUCAGGAAAUUGCGGAGAAUAUUCAAAACCGAAUUUUUUACGAAGAAACAACCCAUGACCGGAUCCUUACUAUUUUGCGCGGAUACAAAGACCAAGGCUUUGGCUAUCUAGAUGCCUGCACAGAGUUAGCACAUGUGUUCCUGCGAAUGUUGGAACGGUAUUCCAAAGACAACGCCGACAUGCAAAUCCGCUCGCGGCGAAAGGCCAAGAAAAGGCAGAAGAAGGCUACUCAAGCCGCUGAGCAAGAGGGAGCAGACGACGAUGACGAGCGUGACUCCGAAGAUGAGGAUAUGGAGGAUGCCGCCCAGGUCACCAAGGAACGCAGCUUUGACUUCAAGCGAUUCGCAGCUAAGUUCUGCAAUCAAAAUUGCGUGGAUACCUUUAUUGCGUUCACAGGAUUCUACCGAGAGCUUAACUCUGAGCAGCUCAAACGCGCUCACCGCUAUUUCUACCGGAUUGCAUUCAAGCAGGAGAUGACUGUCUUGCUGUUUCGUGUGGAUAUUAUCAGUCUUUUCUAUCGAAUGAUCAAAGGCCCAGGCUCCAUGGACUCGAGCAAGUCUGUAUUCAAAGAAUGGGAGGAAUUGGUCCGGCAAGUCAUUCGACGACUGGUCAAGAAGAUUGACCAGCGCCCCGCCUUGAUCACUGAGCUGCUGUUCAGUAAGAUCAAUUCUACUAUCUACUACCUUGAAUAUGGACACGAGAAGCAAACGAUGUUCUCCUAUAAGCGUCCCCCGCCGGAGCUUGUGAUUACAUCAACGGAGGCAACGACGAAGGAAGCGAAACUCCACAUCGUGAUUGGUGCUCUUGUUCUUGAUGGUAGAGCAGACCUGGUAACAUGGAUCAAGGAUGUCUUGAGCUCUGCAGCCUCCGAAAGGGAGGACUGGGAAGCCCAAGAAGAAGUCCGUCGCGCCGAGAACUCCGAGACUAUCAGCGUUCCCAAUCCGAUGAUUACUGUCAAAGGCAAAAACGAGUUCGUUCAGAAUGCCAUGUUCACGAACGCAAAGCUACGUCUGCUCAUGACCGUCAUCGGAUUCGAGCGACUCGGCGUUGAAGAUGUGCUUGGUACCUCUUGGGUCGUUCCGGCCUCGUUCAAGUCCGACGACUUGCGUGAAACAAUUUCUGAGAUCUUGAAAGCCCUUCAAGGCCCGUUCUCCGCAGAUGGCAAUGAUGACCCUCGCAAGCAGAUCCAACCAAAGAACAAAGGAAUCGGUCGUAACAACAUGAUUCAAGGCACGCUUGAUGUCAACUUUGGAUCGGAGUCCGAAGGCGAGGACAUUCCAGAUGGUCCUUUAUUCCCGGCGAAUCCGCGGUCAAAGUCUAGUGCGCUGGAUGACCUCAAGAAGAAGCGUAAGAACAAGCAAAAGGCCACUACGGAAAGGGAGCCAUUGGACGACGAAACUUUAGAAGCGCGGCGCGAUGCGCGUCUAUCAAACGCGCUUUCUCGCCAGGCGAAGAUCAAGAGUGAUCUGUUCAUCCAUGCUAGCGACGAAGAGAGCGACGAAGAAGCCGACAAAGAGUUCUUCCGACUCGAAGAAGAGCGGCGAGUCAAGCAGGCAAAAGAAAUCAAGAAGGCCUUGCUCACUGGAACCGUUGAACCCCCCAGCAAGGGCAAAGGGAAAAAGUCUGCCGGCCGCAAGCGAACUAGCGAUACUGGUACUGCGGCCGCAAAAUCGAAGCGACAGCGUCGUAAUUCUGGUUCUGCUGCUAGCGACCCAGAGAGUGAUGCUGACGGCGAUAUUCUCAUGGCGGAACUUGACGCUCAGUCAUCUCAUUCUCAGCAGGAGAUUUCCACUAGCCACGGCGCUGGAGAGGAUGAAGACACCCCUCUCACAUCGGGUGAGGAUGACCUUGCUUUCGAUGAUGAUUUCGCCUUCACUCGAGAUCCCCCGAGCAAGCCCCAAGCUACGGAGCCCGAGGCACUGGACGAUGACGAGGACGAUGCGCCUGUAGCUCCAGCCCGGAGACACGCCCUCCCCCUCAAAGUCCACAUAUGCCAUUGCAGCGUCUGUCGCUACACCCAUGGCACACCAUGUAUUUUUCACGCCCCGCUACCAGCAGGCGUAAUACCGCAGUUCAUCGAUCCGUCCAGCAUAGACAAACUGACACCCUAUAACCACUCCGAGUCCCAGGGAACGCGGAAUUUCUGCAGUACCUGCGGCUGCCACAUCGGGGAUAUGUCACACGACGAUGGGAGCUGGGUGAUAUCUACGGCUAUCUUCACCAAGCCAAACCAGGGUCUCUGGGAGAUACGCUCACAUGCUUUUACAAACUCCUCGCUUGAUGGAGGGCUUUCGGCGAUGUUCUCGCAUAUUGGUGGUCGCCAGCUUAAUGUCUUUGACCCGGAGACAUCACUGGAUGCUAGCAAGACUGAAGACAGUACCCGAACAGACGCAGUCGAGAUCGGGGCUGAAAAAUUGCGCGCUGAAUGUCACUGCGGUGGCGUUUCGUUCUCUAUCGCUCGUCCUAGAAAGGAAUUUCUCGCCCGCCCUGCGAGCGAAGGGUGGAUAUUGUCAAGAGACACGAGCAAGUGGCUUGCGCUUCUUGAUCUCUGUGAUGAUUGUCGUCUGGUCGAUGGGUCGAAUGUUAUAGCUUGGAUGUUCGUUCCGGUUGAUCAUAUAUCCCCUUCUCCACCUGGAGACUUGAUUAUCGGGUCGUCGAAAAGUUACAAGUCGAGUGAAGAGGUACUAAGGACGUUCUGUGGGACGUGUGGUGCGACGGUGUUUUAUAGCUGUACCGACCGGCCGGGGAUAGUUGAUGUGGCUAUUGGGAUUUUGCGUGCGCCGGAGGGGGUGAUGAUUGAGAAUUGGGCAUUAUGGAGGAGGAGGAUUAGCUCUGGGGAUGAUGGAUUGAAGUAUGAUCCUGACUUUAGUAGAGCGUUGAUUGAAGGAUUGAAGGUAUGGGGGAGUAGGAGGGGUAUGCCGGAUGAUUUUGUUCUCCCGCGAGUGUAG